AAUUGCCCAUCAUCAUCAAAUUAAUAAUAUCGUAUUCCUUUCCGAUUCAUAUUCGCACCUUGCCAUUCCAUUUGUCUGAACUGUUCCAUUUCCAUCUCUCAUUCAUUACAUUCACCUACAUUCUCAUUUGCAGAUGCAUACUCUCUCCAUUUUAUUACCUUUUCUACUUGUGUUAUCCACAUUUUCUCAAGUAUCUCAUGAGUUCCGGCAUAAAGCUUUUCGAACAUUGAAAACUCCAAAAGUCAAUAAACAAAGGUUAUCUUUGAUUAUUCAAAGACUACGUAUGAAUGAUACCACUAGAAUAAAUGGAGAAGAAAACUGCCCUAUGUUCCAAUCAUUUUCUCAUUGUGCCUGUGAAUCAACCUGCAACAAUCCAGACCCGUAUUGCUCUAAAUGUGAGCCUGGAUGCACUUGUCGAAAUGGAUUUGUUCGGAAUUCUCUCAAAUUGUGUGUUCUACCGGAAGAAUGCCCACGGACCAAACUUCGACGUUUUGAACUACAACCACCUAGACGACUCUAUGAAGCCGUUCCAGUUGUUAUCACAACUACCACAGAAGAACCUACUAGAGCAACAACUGAAGAGCCGACAACUGAACUUAUAACAGCUACUGAAAUUGCUGAUGAACUCGUAACAGUACCACUGAUAGUUCUUCGUAAUGGACCAACACCUCCAUCGGCUCCUCCAAUGCUACAAGAACUCUCGUCUGACAUGAUCGGAGCUCCAUCAGCAACUCCUCCUCCAGACUUUUCCUAUGGGCCACCAGGAAUGAAUGCAGCAAAAGUUGCAUUGUAUGAGAAUUUUCUCAAACAAAAACGAAUUAUGAGAGCUCUCCGUCAUCGCAGAAACCGGUUUGCAAAGAGAAUGUUGUAAAUCUUGGUUUUAUUUGAUUAACAUUUUAUUUCAUACAACAAGAUCUCAUAGAUUCAUUCAACUAUAACAAUUUUUAUGAAAAACGAUGUGCGGAAACAUGUUAAAUACAAUAAAACAAUUUAAAUAUGAACAAU